UGUGAGGGUCGAGGUAGUGUGAGUGGUAGUGGGGUUUGCGGCUUGGCGAUGCUCAUGUGUCCGCCGCUCCUCCCACAUUUUUGUAAACAACAUUGUGUUGCGUCUAUAGUGUUGUCGUCCGCUGCCAGUCCCUACCCCUGGCAGGUGCCCCAGUGACCCUGGUCCGUCACGGCCGUCCGUGUGGUAGCCCCGAGUGUCAGAUAUGUUGUAGAGGAGAGAGGGAGAGAGAGAGAGGAUGCUGCCCGGUGGAGUGAUCGAGGAGAAGAGGGACUAUGUGACCUUGUCCCUGCCAGCGCUGCAGCAGAGCUCCACCAGACCGUCUCGCUCAUGGCGCCGGCGGUGGAACCAGCUGCCUCGUCUGCAGCGAGUGGUGUUAUUAAUGCUGGGAGUGGCGGCCAUUGUGGCCCUCACCUAUGCCAUUGCCAGCCAUGCCGAACCUUCUGCUGCGCCUGCAGUUUCUCAGUCAAACUAUCAACAGGAAAAUAACUUGACGCCGCCUCCGUUAUUGCCUCAUCCCCCCGAUAACCCGCAAGAAAAAGAAGAAGUAGUUGAGAAUGAAGAGUAUGCCAAGAAAGAUGCCAUCAAAGAAGGAAGAGAUCAGAUUGUUCCUCCCCCGGGACUUCCACAAAAAAGAACGGCAAGACAAGAAGCAGUUGUUGCAGCCAUGAAACAUGCUUGGAAAGGCUAUAAGACAUAUGCAUGGGGUCAUGAUCAUCUCAAGCCGAUAUCAAGAACACGAAAUGAUUGGUUACGCCUUGGGCUCACACUUGUAGAUGCGCUUGAUACUUUGUGGAUUAUGGACCUCAAGGAAGAGUUCAGUGAGGCACAAGAAUGGGUUUCAACACAGCUUCACUUCAACUUAAAUCAAGAUGUCAACUUGUUUGAGACUACCAUACGGGUGUUGGGUGGUCUGCUGUCUGCUUACCACCUCACCAAGGAGCAGGUUUUCCUUGAUAAAGCUGUUGACUUAGGAGAUCGAUUAAUUGCUGGAUUUAACAGUGGUUCAGGUGUGCCUUAUGCUGAUGUAAACCUCUACUCCAGAAGAGCCUCUAAGCCGAAGUGGGGACCAGAUUCCUCUACCUCAGAAGUAACAACUAUUCAGCUGGAAUUUCGUGAUCUGUCACGUAUAACUGGAAACCCAUCAUAUGAGGAAAAAGUUAACUUUGUCAGUGAGCACAUCCACAAAUUACCCAAGACCGAGGGUUUGGUUCCGAUUUUCAUCAAUGCCCAGACUGGUGAGUGGCGAUCACACUCUACUAUCACACUAGGAGCCAGAGGGGACUCCUACUACGAGUACCUGCUUAAACAGUGGAUCCAAACUGGCCGCACCAAAGAUUAUCUUAGAGACGAUUACAAUGAAAGUGUUUCUGGAAUGGAGCACCGCUUGGCAGCACGAACAGAACCCAGCAAUCUCCUUUUCUUCGGAGAGCUUCAUGGCAGUAGCAAAAAUUUUGUAAACAAGAUGGAUGAGCUGACAUGUUAUCUUCCAGGAACUCUUGCACUUGGAGUUCAUUAUGGAAUGCCAAAACACCACAUGAAAUUAGCAGAACAGCUGAUGUACACCUGUACUCUCACAUGGCUUCGCCAGCCCACCAACCUGGCUCCAGAAAUAACAUACUUUAAUACGCAGCCUACAGGCACCAGUGAGGAUUUCUUUGUGAAGAACAAUGAUGCACAUUACCUAUUGCGGCCGGAAACACUCGAGAGUCUGUGGUACAUGUACCAUCUCACCGGCAAUAAAACAUACCAAGAUUGGGGUUGGCAGAUGUUUCAGGGCAUAGAAACUUACUGCAGAGUAGAAAAUGGCUACACAUCAAUAGGCAAUGUGAGAAGCACUCUAGACACCAAGCCUAAAGACAAGAUGGAGUCAUUUUUCCUCGGAGAAACACUAAAAUAUCUCUAUCUGUUAUUUAUGGAAGAUCAAAGUACAUACAGUGUUGAUAAAUGGGUAUUUAAUAGUGAAGCUCAUCUCUUGCCAAUAUAUUCUCACUAGUCUCACAAGUCAUAUCAUAAUAAUCAACUUUACUAGGAAAUGUUUUAAUUGUUCUAAAAAUUAUGGUAUAUUAAUGGUUCUUUUUUAAUAGUAAUUCGCAUGACUUGAGAAACCAAUCUGUGCUUCUUUGCGAAACUAUACUUAAAUAUUAUAGAUAAGCAGGUAGACUGUGAUAUUGUUAAUGUGAAAGUCUGAGUAUUUCAGUAUUCACAAGACCUUCAUAUGAGGGUACUUUACAUGCCAUUAGUUUUAAUUACAAAAUUUGUUUACAGUUCAUAUUUAAAAUUCUAACUGAUAAUUUUUUUAAUCUAAUGGACAGUACAGGUAUAUAUAUUUUUGUUAUGGAAGUUGUUGUACAGUGUUAAGCUGUGUUUGCUUUUAAUAUGCAAGUUCUAAAUAAUUGACUGCCAAACCCGGUUUGUUAUCCUCAGUUUGAUAUAUGGGUGGUGUGUGAUUUUAAAUUUUUUGGGGGGCAAUUCAUAAUUUGUAUACUGUAGUCCAAUACUGUUACUCAUAGCAGGGGCUCCAUACAAUAGUUUCAUAUUAGAUGCUAUUGAGCAAUGUUAGUACAGUACAGUAUUAUGUUAAUCACCCCUGCAUACUGUGCUGGUUACGGCAAAACAAGAAAUGUCUCCGUCCAUCAGCAUGUUGAGCAAGUCAAUAACGGUCAGUACAUUUACUGUAUAACACAUCCAUUUUAAGCCAGCAUGAUGGUGUAAAUGUGUGUACAUGUUAUGAUCAUUAUUGAGUGUGUACGCACAGGAAGACCCCAGGCAUGAUGUUGGUGUGAGAGUAUUAUGAUUAUGGGUGUACUUCACCUAGUGGUGCUCGCGGGGGUUGAGCACUGCUCUUUCGGCCCGCCUCUCAACUGUCAAUCAAUCGACUGUUACUAACUACUAAAUUUUUCUUUUUUUUACACACACACAUACACACACACCCAGGAAGCAGCCCA